UGCAGCCUACUGAUACCUUUGUAUACUAGUAUAGGCUGUAUCACUUAGGGACAUUUGAGACACAUUCAGCCUACUGAUACCUUUGUAUACUAGUAUAAGCUGGAUCAGUUUUGGGUUCAACAGGAUUUCACACAAAAGACAUUAACUGGUUGAUGAAUAAUUACUAUCAUGUACAUCUAAAUAACAUGGUGUAAUUUUGUGCACAUCAGCCAAGAUGUCUGUUUGGAAGCGGCUUCAGCGAGUUGGAAAAUCAGCCUCUAAAUUUCAAUUUACAGCAUCCUAUCAAGAGUUGGCUGUUGAGUGUUGCAAGAAAUGGCAACCUACAAAGCUGUGUGUUGUUUGGACUAGACGAAGUAGACGCAGGGCAACACAACCCUAUAAAUGGGAGCCUACUAUUCAAAAUCCUUACUUGGGUUUAAUAACAUGGAAAGUUCCAGAAAACAUUGAGAUAACUGUCACUUUGUUUCGAGACUCCAGACAACAAGAAUAUGAAGACAAAGAAUGGACAUUUACUAUUGAAGAUCAUUCAAAGGGCUCUCGUAAAGUUCUAGCAUCAAGGGCUAUCAAUAUGAAGGAUUUUGCUAGUCAAAUCCCAACACAAACAACUUUAAAAUUGAAAAUGAAGCCUCUAAGUAAAAAAAUUGUAUCCGCAGUUCUGGAAUUGACAUUGUCCUGUGCAUUCAUCAGAGAGGGCAAAGCAACUGAUGAAGAUAUGCAAAGUGUAGCAAGUCUUAUGAGUGUUGGCAAGGUUGAUAUUGGAAACUUGGAAGAUUUAGAAGAGGAAGAUGAAAAUGAACCUAUUAAAGGCCCCAAUAUACAAGCAACUCACACACAAAUUCGAGAUAUCACAAACCAAAUGGUAUUGCUUGAACAGGAAGCUAAUUCGGGUAAUCCUUUUGAUGAAGAGGAAGAAGAGCAUGAUCCCAAUAAUCCAUUUGCUAAUGAUGUCAGUAGUAGCAAUCCAUUUGAAGAAGAUGAUGAGAAACAGGAAGAUGACAUUAAUGCUGCAUUUGAAAUAUACAAGGCUUCACAAAAUGUCAACUCAGAAGUGAAAUCUAAUUCUUCAUCUCCAGUUAAAGACUCGGAACAAACUUUAAACACCUCCUCAACAAAAAGUACCAUAGACUCUGAAACAAAAGAAUCAUUGAAACUGAAUUUUAACAAACCAGAGAAAGUCUCUACAGAACCAAUAACUAAAGCAUUAAGUCCAACUAGUCAGAGUAAACAAGUGUCCCAGGCAAGUCCAUCUGUGAUCAUUCAGCCAACAUCUCAACCAAGUCCAGCACGCCCCAAUUAUGAGGGGACACCACCUUCUACUCCAGAGGAAGAGAAAAAAUUCAAAAUAAGGCCCUUAACUCCACCAGUUGAUGAAACAAAUAAAAGAGCAAGUGCUAUGACAAGCCCAAGUUCUCCAGUAUACUCCAGUAGUCAGAAUGACAUCAAUCCACACGAUGAGCUGUUAGCUUGGUGUCAACAAGUGACCCAUGGCUAUAAAGGUGUUAAGAUUACUAACUUGACUACAUCUUGGAGAAAUGGUCUUGCAUUCUGUGCCAUUGUUCAUCAUUUCAGACCUGAUCUCAUAACAUUUGAUAAACUCAACCCACAUGAUAUAAAAGGGAAUAAUAAAAUGGCCUUUGAAGCUGCUGCCAAGCUAGGUAUACCUAAAGUGUUAGAGCCUGCUGACAUGGUGCUACUGGCUGUGCCAGACAAACUGUGUGUUAUGACUUACUUGCAUCAGCUGAGGUCAUAUUUUACUGGUCAGAGAUUAGAGCUUCAGCAGAUUGGUCCUAGUGCUAGUGAGAGUACUUACACUCUAGGUGAACAUGACGAAGAAAAUGAGCAAAGAAUUUCCGAAGAAAUGUAUGGUUAUAGAGCAGCCAUUAGAAGCUCCUCCUCCUCCUCAAUGUCUGCACCAACCAAAGUGAAGAAAUCCUCCUCUUUUGAUGAUGCCACAUUGUCUCAACAACCAACUGUGCCAAUAGAGAAAAAGAAAACAAGCAAAGCCCCAGACAUCCCACAAGUGGGACUAAAAUCUGUUCAGCCAAGCAAAGAUCCUGUGAUACCUUCUGUUGCCUCUGUCAGUGACCAAGUGCCACAACACAUUCAUUUUGAAAAGAAAAAAACACGUAGGGCACCCAGCCCCCCUGGAGAGAAAUCAAAAAGUAAAGAUUUCAAUCCAUUUGAUUCAGAUGGGGAAGAAACUUCAGUCCAAGAGAAUCAGAUUUAUGCUGAAGACAAAACUGUGUCACCAGAGGUUGCUCAUUUAGAAUUAAAAGAAAGAGCCAGGAAGCUGUUGGAAAAAGCUCAGAAGGAUUUAGCAUCAGGAAAUUUGCCAGAAAGUGUUCAGAAUGAUGAAAAACAAAAAAGGUUGAGGGAACAGGCUAAGAAGUUGAUAGCAGAGACUAGGGCUAGUGAGAAGUUACCUGAGUUACCUGUAGUACAUCCUCCUGCAGUCACCACAGCCUUGAAAACAGUGAAGAUUGAAACCAAACUUGUUCACAUAACAGAACCUGUUAGCCCUGUCAAAAAACAUCCAGAGCCUCAAUUGAAGAAACUCUCCCUAGCUACACCAAAAUUGUCUAGCUUACCAGCUGUUGUUAUUAAAGAUUUUGAGGAAAUGCAAGAAAGCAUUCCAUCCAGUGAUGAAGAGAAUACUGAACUAGAUCUACCAUUGACUGAUGAAAACCUUCAAGACACUAAUCAGUAUGUUAAGAGUGAGCUGGACUCCCUGGAGCAUGAACAGCUUCAGAUUGAUGCCAAAGCUUCAGAGCUUGAAGGGAGACUUCGCAAUGUUAUGGAAAAAGGUAAAAACAAAGGUCUAGAAGAGUCCUUGAUGAAAGAAUGGUUUCAGUUAGUCAACAAAAAGAAUGCACUCAUCAGAAGGCAGAUGCAACUCAAUAUAUUAGAGAAAGAAGACGAUCUAGAGCGAAGGUUCGAGUUGCUGAAUAGAGAACUGCGGGCCAUGCUGGCCAUAGAAGACUGGCAGAAGACGGAUGCCCAAAAACGACGAGAGAGACUUUUAUUGGAUGAACUAGUGACUGUGGUCAACAAACGUGAUGAAUUGGUGCAGCACUUAGAUACACAGGAGAGGGCCAUUGAGGAGGAUGAACUGUUGGCUAGAGACAUCUCUUCUGGGAAGUUGACUUUGACAGAGAAAGAGAAUGCUUGCUGUGUGCAAUAAACAAAGAAUCACGUCAAAGACACCAGCUGGGAUUUCUUAAUCUCCGCCUAACACCACAUUGAGAUUGCUAAACCUACAUCUACACACCAACAUGCUACACAUCACAUUGAAAUUGUUUAACCUACACCUACACACCAACAUGCUACACAUCACAUUGAGAUUGUUUAACCUAAACCUACACACCAACAUGCUACACAUCACAUUGAGAUUGUUUAACCUACACCUACACACCAACAUGCUACACAUCACAUUGAGAUUGUUUAACCUAAACCUACACACCAACAUGCUACACAUCACAUUGAGAUUGUUUAACCUAAACCUACACACCAACAUGCUACACAGCAACAUGGUAAAGUGAGAUUGCUAAACCUACAUCUACACACCAACAUGCUACACAUCACAUUGAGAUUGUUUAACCUACACCUACACACCAACAUGCUACACAUCACAUUGAGAUUGUUUAACCUACACCUACACACCAACAUGGUAUAGAACACAUUGAGAUUGCUAAGCCUACAUCUACACACCAACAUGCUACACAGUACAUUGAGAUUGCUAAGCCUACAUCUACACAGCAACAUGCUACACAAUACAUUGAGAUUGCUAAGCCUACAUCUACACACCAACAUGCUACACAAUACAUUGAGAUUGCUAAACCUACAUCCACACACCAACAUGCUACACAGCAACAUGCUACACAAUACAUUGAGAUUGCUAAGCCUACAUCUACACACCAACAUGCUACACAAUACAUUGAGAUUGCUAAGCCUACAUCUACACACCAACAUGCUAUGCAACACAUUGAGAUUGCUACACCUACACAGUACAUUGUGCACUACAGUGUUGUCAUAUCAAUACUAUUGUUUUGAUAUUUAUUUGUAAUCUAUUUGAUCUACUGAGACACUCGAUUGUCUAAGAGUUACCAUAAAACUGGUCAAUACUGUUUGACACUGUCCUAUUUGUGUCAUAUUUAUAUGUUUUAUAUGCCUUUAUGUGUCCUAUUUGUGUGUUCAAUUUAUGGGUGUCAUAUUUGUAUAAUUUAUAUGCCUGAUGUAUGUGUCAUAUUUGUAUGACUAUAUGUCUGAUGUAUGAGUCAUAUUUGUAUAAUUUAUAUGUCUGAUGUAUGUGUCAUAUUUCUAUCAUUAUAUGCCUGAUGUUUGAGUCAUAUUUGUAUAGGUAUAUGCCUAUGUGUGUCCUUUUUAGGGGGCCGAGUGUUUUUUUUUUAUUUGCACAUUUCAAGUGAAUUUUGUCUAACCCAGGAAUGUCUAUAGUAAUGAAAACUAGGAAUGUCUGGAACAAGUAAGACAUGAAACUAGCCAGUUCAUGUACAGUACAAAGUAAGACAUGAAACUAGCCAGUUCAUGUACAGUACAAAGUAAGAUGAAACUAGCCAGUUCAUGUACAGUACAAAGUAAAACAUGAAUUUAGCCAGCUCAUGUACAGUACAAAGUAAGACAUGAAUCUAUCUAGUUCCUGUACAGUACAAAGUAAGACAUGAAUCUAUUAAUUUUGUUUUGUAUUUGCCUGUAUAAGAAAAGGUGACUUUAUUGAUUGCACUUCUUAGUGUUUGCUUUGAUUGUUGUUUUAAUUUGUGCAUUAAGACAUUUCAAUACUCCAGAGUCAUUAAAUCCCCUCCCCCCACUUUGUUAUCUUUCUAUAGUGAUAUGUCAGCUUGUGUGAGAACAUGUUCUGUCUUGAAGACAUAGGGACAUGUCAGCUUGUGUGAGAACAUGUUCUGUCUUGAAGACUUAGUGAUAUGUCUGCUUGUGUGAGAACAUGUUCUGUCUUGAAGACUUAGUGACAUGUCUGCUUGUGUGAGAACAUGUUCUGUCUUGAAGACUUAGUGAUAAGUCUGCUUUUGUGAGAACAUGUUCUGUCUUGAAGACUUAGUGAUAAGUCUGCUUGUGUGAGAACAUGUUCUGUCUUGAAGACAUAGUGACAUGUCUGCUUGUGUGAGAACAUGUUCUGUCUUGAAGACAUAGUGACAUGUCUGCUUGUGUGAGAACAUGUUCUGUAAUGAAGACUUAGUGAUAUGUCUGCUUGUGUGAAAACAUGUUCUGUAAUGAAGACUUAGUGAUAUGUCUGCUUGUGUGAGAACAUGUUCUGUCUCAAGACUUUCAGUGAGCACAAUUCCAAGUCUCUACACUUUUGGUUUGCUACAAAUCAUACUCUAGACCUUUAGGUUUUCUUUGUGUAUAAAUAAUUAUUUAUCACUUUUGUCUACAUCUGUCUGUGCUGGUGAUAUUGUAGAUUUAUUUACUCUCUGGUUGUACACACAUUACUUAGACCUUAUAAUUUCAGUGUGUACAAAUAAUACUUAGACCUUAUAAUUUCAGUGUGUAUACUUGUGAUACUAUAUUUAUUGCUUGCUUGUUGUUUAGGCACACACUGUGUCUCUAUUUGAAAUUUGUUUUGUUACAAAAUGUAAAUCUUUUUUUUUAAACAUUCACCAACACACUCACACAGACACAUACUACUCAAUAAGUAGACUUAUGUUUCAACACCUGUUUACCCAAUGUAAUGUUAGAGACACUAGUUGACUCAUACCUUAUAGCAUGUCUAUUGUAGUAUUAUAAAUGUCAGACUACACUACUAAAUGACCAUACAAAUGUAUGUACAGUAGAACCACUGAGGAAAACUCUAUACUCUCUCUAUUUCUAUACUGCCCAGCCUUAGGGGACUUUUGUGCUAAUGAAUAAACUCUCUAGACGCUGGAAGUUCUGUCAGGGACAAGUCUUAAUGUUGAGUAUAGGUAGAUGCAGUUGAGAAUGAAAUCCUUUGGGUUCAAUGGGAUAGACUCCAACAUGCUGAACCUAUGACCUUGUCAUCAAUAUCAAUCAAAGUCAUCCAGAAAGUCAAGGUCAACCUUUACAACAACAUUCACACACACACACACAAUUGUCUGCACUCCAAGAUGACAUUUUGUGACUUUUUUUCUCUUCAAAGUGUUCCAAUGCUUUGGUCAUGUGUCCAAGUAGUUUAUGCUUCGCAACUAAUAAAAAAAAAGGAAUGUGUAAUGUGUUGUUAGACCUCUUUUACUCUUGAAUGACUGUGUCCAGUGUUGUCUUUCUUAGAGCUGUUCUUUUCUCACCUUGACUGCCACAUUGUGCAGUGCUGUCAUAGGGUAGACAGUGUUUCCACAUUCUGAAAUAAAUAUUCAACUGAAAUAUAAA